CUGACAGUUGUAAACAUCUCGUGGCAUUUAAUGGCUUUAUUAAACGAAAACUUAAUUAUUUAAUCGAUAAUUAAUAUUGAUAUCCCGUUCCUAAGUGAGCACAGGGUCCAAAGCAACAAUUAUGACUGAAGAACGAUUGCACAUAGACUGGGGCAACGACAAACUCUACCGAACACAGAAACACGUCGAGCGAAACCCCUACGACCUGGAAUCCUGGUCGAUUCUGCUACGCGAGGCGCAGGUCAAGCACAUCUCGGAGGUACGGCCGUUGUACGAACACAUCACGCACAUAUUCCCGAGCGCGUCUCGAUACUGGCGGAUAUACAUCGAGCACGAGAUGAAGUCGAGAAACUACGAGAAGGUCGAAAAGCUAUUCCAACGUUGCUUAAUGAAGAUCUUAAACAUUGAGCUGUGGAAGUUGUAUCUGUCGUACGUGAAAGAGACGAAAGCCUCCCUACCGACUUACAAAGAAAAAAUGGCGCAGGCGUACGAUUUCGCGCUCGAGAAAAUUGGCAUGGACAUUCACUCGUACUCGAUAUGGAACGAUUACGUGAAUUUUUUAAAGGGCGUCGAGGCGGUCGGCUCGUACGCCGAGAAUCAGAAAAUAUCGGCGGUACGUAAGGUCUACCAGAGGGGCGUCAUUAAUCCGAUGAUUGGAAUGGAGACGUUUUGGAAAGAUUAUAUAGCCUUCGAACAGGCAAUUAAUCCUAUAAUAGCCGAAAAGAUGUCGAUUGAACGCAGUAGGGACUACAUGAACGCGAGACGCGUCUCGAAGGAGCUCGAGGUGCAGAUACGAGGCAUCAACAGAAACGCGCCGAGCGUUCCGCCGUCGGGCGGCAACGACGAGCAAAAGCAGGUGGAGCUGUGGCAGAAGUACAUCGCGUGGGAGAAAAGUAAUCCGCUGCGAACGGAGGAUACCGCCCUGCUGACGCGGCGCGUCGUCUUCGCUCUCGAGCAGUGUCUGCUGUGUCUAGGUCAUCACGCCGACAUCUGGUACCAAGCCGCUCAGUUUCUCGAGUACAGCUGCAAGGUGCUGCAGGAGAAGGGCGAUGUCAACGCGUCCAAGCUCUUCAGCGAGGAGGCGGCGAAUAUGUUCGAGCGCGCCACGAGCACGCUACUAACCAAAAAUAUGCUGCUCUACUUCGCGUACGCCGACUACGAGGAGGGGCGCGUGAAGUACGACAGGGUGCACCAAAUCUAUCAGCGCUACCUGGACAUACAGGACGUCGACCCGACGCUGGCCUACGUGCAGUACAUGAAAUUCUCGCGCCGCGCCGAGGGCAUCAAGUCGGCGAGGAACGUCUUCAAAAGGGCACGCGAGGAUCCCCGCUCCAAGUACCACGUCUUCGUCUGCGCCGCGCUGAUGGAGUACUACUGCAGCAAAGACAAAAACAUCGCGUUUCGCAUCUUCGAGCUGGGCCUGAAGAAGUUCAGCGGCAAUCCCGACUACGUCAGCUGCUACAUCGACUAUCUCUCCCACCUGAACGAGGACAACAACACCAGGGUCCUCUUCGAGAGGGUCCUCUCGUCGGGCAGCCUGGAGAACGCGAAGUCGGUGGACAUCUGGAAUCGCUUUCUCGAGUUCGAAAGUAACAUCGGCGACCUGCAGAGUAUCGUGAAGGUCGAGAGGAGGCGCGCCGAGGUUCUCAACAAAAUUAAGGAGUUCGAGGGACGGGAGACCGCCCAGCUGGUGGAUCGCUACCGCUUCCUGGACCUCUAUCCUUGCACCGGCCCCGAAUUGAAAAGCAUCGGCUACACCGACGUGAUCACGAUCACGGGGGCGGGGCGUAAUCACAUCCUGCAGCAGUUCAUCAAUUCGGACGUCGACUCGGGCACGCCGAAGCCUGACGUCGCGCAGAUGAUCCCGUACAAGCCGAAGGCGAACGCGUCGCCCGGCGAGCAUCCCGUUCCGGGCGGUUCGUUUCCGAUGCCCCCGAACGCCGCCCACCUCUGCACUCAGCUUCCGCCCCCCUCUUGCUUUCGCGGCCCGUUCGUCAACUUGGACCAAUUGGUCGACAUCUUCAAUCGCAUUCAGUUGCCCGAAAAAAUUCCGAUGCCCGACGAGAACGGCGGAGACGUGCGCCUCUUCGAUCUCGCGAAAUCGGUACAUUGGAUCGUGGACGAUUCGCAGGGCGGCGUCUUGAGAAGGCGAAAACGCAUCGGCUUGGCGUUGGACGGAUCGGACGACGAGGACUUCACAAUGCCUCCAGUAAAUGACAUUUACAGACAGAGGCAACAGAAAAGAGUCAAAUAAGUUUGUUAGGUAGUGAGUUUUAUAAUUUUUUGCUGUAUUUAUGUAUUUCUAUCGGAAAGGAUUAAAGUAAUUCUUUUUUAA